AUGACUGAUGCUAAAGCGAAAGAGGCGGCAUGUCAACAAGGUUUUUUUAUACAGAGUAAGGGGGACGGUUGGAAGGUGGAAGAUCAUAAAGUUCAUGAAGGGGACAGAAAAUUAGAUGAUUUGUGUAAAAAUGAAGGUUCAUCAAACGGCUUUGUCAAUAGAUUGCUGAGCUUUGAUGACAAUUUCAAUGAUGGUAAAAUAUGCCUAGGACUAUUAAAUAUCAGAUCAAUUGUAUCCAAAUCAAGUGAUGUGUAUGAACUCCUGGUUGAUGGACUAGAUGUGUUAGUGUUAACAGAAACAUGGCAUGGACAUCAAAAUGAUAUUUCUGUAAAAUCGGCAAUGCCUGACGGGUACAGUUAUGUUGACUAUGUCAGAAAACAUGAUCCAUAUCAUGGGGGAUUGAUAAUCUAUUUUAAAACAGGGUUCAGAUACACACGAUUUGAUUUACCAUCAUUAGCUACGUUUGAGGCAAUAGUAACAAGAAUAACAUAUGGUAAACAUGAAUUUGGUGGAACACUGGAUUUGAUUGUUUCCAGUAGUGGUUUGUGUAUUUCUGAUGUAAUGGUUUAUCCAAGUGGAAUAUAUUCUGACCACGGGCUGACAAAAAUGAGAAAUAGGAUAAGAAAAACCAGCAAUGGCAUGUUUUUUGAAGAAACCAUGCGUCGUGCUGUAGGCGAAGUAAUGAAUGGUGAUUCUUUACAAAAGAACAGUCUGGAAGAAUAUAUCUUGACAAGUCCAAAAAUGAUGUAUGGAAUUUCAACAAAAGAGUGUAGAAAAAUUGCAUACGAGAUGGCCAAAAUUAAUGGAAUUAGAUUUCCAACAACAUGGAAAACUGAAAAAUGCGCAGGUUUAGAGUGUUCUGUUUCUGAUUAUCUGGAUCUUGCUCUUAGUGGGCCUUGUCCAUCCGUUUCAGAUCGCUGGAUCCUACUCAUAAUAAAUUUAGUUCAACGUCUAGCUAUACUGGACAGCUAG